UACAAGCAUCAUCCUUCAUCACCGUUCAACAAAGAGAUAAAUAUAACAAGAAGAUGUCGGAUUGGGGACCGAUUCUAGUGACGGUGAUACUCUUCGUGUUGCUCACGCCAGGUCUUCUGUUUCAGUUGCCUGGACGACAAAGAUACGUUGAGUUUGGUAAUUUUCAGACAAGUGCUGUCUCCGUUAUCGUCCAUUCACUUCUCUACUUCUCUCUUGCCUGCGUCUUCCUCCUUGCCCUCAAGAUUCACAUCUACAUUGGCUAAGUCCAUCCCCUUUAUUGCAUAUGUUUCGAUUUGUUGUUUCCAAAUUUUCUUUCUCCUAAAUUUUUCUAACCUUAAAUUGUUUUUCAUCGUCCAGUUCUUUACGUCGAUUAUGCACUUUUGCUUUAUAUGUGUUUAUCUUUUCUCUUUGUUGUAAACGCAAAGAUUCAUGGUUUAAAUAUUAAUCAUGUCAUUUGUAAGUUUUAAUACGUGAGAUUAAAUCCCA